GGGUCCCGACGGAGCCCCGGGCGGCGGAUCACGUUUUGGAGAGGGGCACACCAGGAGGUGCCAGGCUAUGUGGAGGCAGAGAGGAAUUGAAACCCACCACCCUACCACAUUCCCUCUGCGCGGGUUCCAGCAGGUGCUUUGAGAGACCUCCCAGGAUUUUAUUCUUCCGUCCUGUUUGUGAUGUGUCCGUAUUGAAGUGUGAGCCCAGCCGGUCACCUGCCCUGGACUCUGACAGAUCACCGCAGUCUUUCAAUGGCUACAGCCUCAGUUUCUCCAAGUCCCAGAUGGGGAAACUGAGGCCAGGCAUGGCUCAGUGACUGGGCUGAGUUGACCCAGGGAGCGCCGGGGCCCGGGUGCGCUGGUCCACGUGUCUGUGCCUGGCAGCCUUGGGGAGGUCCGUUCAGAGCAGACGCCUGUGUCAGAGUAUGUCUCUGAGUAGAGGGCUGGUGUGAUUGUGUGGGUGGGAAGGUCACUGCGCUCUCUCGGGGGUCUCCACCUGAGCCCCGAGGCCCAGUGGCUUGUCCCUUUGCAGCCAGGCCAGUGCUCCGGACCAUGCCCGUGUGCCCCUGGGGUGCCAAUGGCAGGGGCCGCCGGCCCAAUGGGGAUGGGGUGCAGCCUGAGGCCAGCAGAGAUGGCUUGAAGGUGCUUCUGCACUGGGCCGGCCCCGAUGGUGGGGACCCCUGGGCCACCUUCAACGACAGCACCCUGACCGCGGAGGAGAUCUGCAUCCAGGUCGCCCAGAAACUCGGCAUCACUCCUCCUUGCAUCAGCCUCUUCGCGCUCUUCGAUGCCCAGGCCCAUGUCUGGCUGCCCCCGAACCACAUCUUGGAGGUCUCCAGGGCUACCCCGCGCACGCUGCACUUCCGCAUGAGGUUUUAUUUCCGGAACUGGCACGGCCUGAACCCCCAGGAGCCCUCGGUGUUCCGCUGCGGGCCCCCGGGCAGUGCGGCGUCCUCGGCGGAGGCCCAGCAGGGUUUGCCUCUCCUGGACGCGGCCUCCUUCGAGUACCUCUUCGAGCAGGGCAAGCACGAGUUUGUGAAUGAUGUGGUGUCUCUGGGGGAGCUGUCCACGGAGGAAGAGAUCCACCACUUCAAGAAUGAGAGUCUGGGCAUGGCCUCUCUGCACCUGUGUCAGCUAGCACUCCGCCGGGGGGUCCCCCUGGAGGAAGUGGCCAGGAAGAUCAGCUUCAAGGAGUGUAUCCCGCGCUCCUUCCGCCGGCAGAUCCGCCAGCACAACGCCCUGACGCGGCUGCGCCUGCGGACCAUCUUCCACCGCUUCCUGCGCACCUUCCAGCCCAGCCGCCUCAGCCCACACCUGGUCAUGGUCAAGUACCUGGCCACGCUCGAGCGCAUGGCGCCCCGCUUCGGCGCUGAGCGCGUGCCCGUGUGCCACCUGCUCCUGCAGGCUCAGGCCACCCCUCCCGACCCCGAACCGCAGUCGGACCCCGGAUCCACGACCCACGAGGUGCAGGUGUCCGGCACGCUGGGCCUCCAGUGGCGGCCAGUGGCCACAGCGGGUCCCAGUGAUGGUGGCGGCAGUGCUGACAGUGACGGGGAGCCCCAAGCUGACCCAUCUGAGAAGAAAGAUAAGGCCCAGGGGGUGGACAGACCCCGUGAGACGCCCUGGGUCUAUUUCUGCGACUUCCAAGAUGUCACGCACGUGGUUCUGAAAGACCAGAACAUCAGCAUCCACUGUCAGGACAAGUGCCUGGAGCUGACACUGCCUUCCCGGCCCGCCGCCCUGUCCUUGGUGGCCCUGGUGGAUGGCUACUUCCGCCUCACGUCUGACUCAAGCCACUACCUGUGCCACGAAGUGGCUCCCCCACGGCUGGUGAUGAGCAUCCAGGAGGGGGUACACGGGCCCCUGCUGGACCCCUUUGUGUUGGCAAAGCUGCAGUCAGAAGAUGGACUUUACCUCAUCCACUGGAGCUGCCACCACUACAACCGUCUCAUUCUCACGGUGGCCCAGAGGGACCAGGCCUCUGACGGCGGUGCCAGAAACUGGAAGCUACGCAAAUUCCCUAUCCAGCUGCAGCCAGGGGCUUUCGCCCUGGAAGGCUGGGGCCGGACUUUCCCCAGCGUGGGGGAGAUGCGGGCCGCCUUGCAGAGCUGCGCCCUACGGGCCGGCCCCGAUUCCUUUAUGCUGCGCCGCUGCUGCCGGCCAGGACCCGGAGAGAUCUCCAACCUCAUCGUCCUACGGGGCUCCCAGACCAGCCCCCAGCCUCUCAACCUCAGCCAGCUCAGCUUCCAUCAGAUCAGCCAGGAUUCGAUCACCCGGCUCUCCCACUUGGGCCAGGGCACCAGGACCAACGUGUAUGAGGGUGUCUUGCACGUGGCCGGAGGAGACCAGGAGGAGGAUGACAAGAGCGAUGGUGAGGGCUGUGAACAGAAGCUCCGAGUGGUGCUCAAGGUGCUGGACCCUGGCCACCAGAACAUCUCCCUGGCCUUCUACGAGACCGCCAGUCUCAUGAGCCAGGUGUCCCACAUGCACCUGGCCUUUCUGCACGGCGUCUGCGUUCACGGCUCCGAGAGCACCAUAGUGACUGAGUACGUGGAACAUGGGCCCCUGGACGUGUGGCUGCGGCGGGAGAGGGGUCGUGUGCCCGUGGCCUGGAAAGUGACCGUGACCCAGCAGCUAGCCAGUGCCCUCAGCUACUUGGAAGAUAAGAGCCUCGCCCACGGGAAUGUGUGUGGCCGGAACAUUCUGCUGGCACGGCCGGGGCUGGCGGAAGGCAGCAGCCCCUUCAUUAAGCUGAGUGACCCCGGCGUGGGCCUGGGAGCCCUCUCCCGAGAGGAGCGGGUGGAGCGCAUCCCCUGGACAGCCCCCGAGUGCCUGUCUGGGGGCGCCGGCGGCCUCAGCACAGCGGCUGACAAGUGGGGCUUUGGGGCCACUGUCCUUGAGAUCUGCUUUGACGGGGAGGUUCUCCUGCAGGGCCGCAGCCCCUCGGAGAAAGAGCGUUUCUACCAGAAGCAGCAUCGCCUUCCCGAGCCCUCAUGCCCUGAGCUGGCCACACUCAUCAACCAGUGCCUGAACUACGAGCCAUCCCAGCGGCCUUCCUUCCGCACCAUCCUCCGGGAUCUUACGCAGCUGCAGCCACAAAAUCUUGUUAAUGUCCUCACCGUGAACCCGGAAUCCCCUGCCGCCGACCCCACGAUUUUCCACAAACGCUACUUGAAAAAGAUUAGGGAUCUGGGCGAGGGUCAUUUUGGCAAAGUCACCCUCUACUGCUACGACCCGAUCAACGAUGGCACUGGCGAGAUGGUGGCCGUGAAAGCCCUCAAAGCGGGCUGUGGCCCCCAGCUCCGCAACGGCUGGCGGCGGGAGAUUGACAUCCUGCGCACGCUUUACCAUGAGCAUAUAGUCAAAUACAAGGGCUGCUGUGAGGACCAAGGCGAGAAGUCAGUACAGCUCGUUAUGGAGUACGUGCCCCAGGGCAGCCUCCGGGACUACCUGCCGAGACACAGUGUCGGACUGGCCCAGCUACUGCUCUUUGCCCAGCAGAUCUGCGAGGGCAUGGCCUACCUACAUUCGCAGCACUACGUGCACCGAGACCUGGCCGCGCGCAAUGUGCUGCUUGACAACGAGAGGCUGGUCAAGAUCGGGGACUUUGGCCUAGCCAAGGCCGUGCCCGAAGGCCACGAGUACUACCGCGUGCGCGAGGAUGGGGACAGCCCCGUGUUCUGGUACGCCCCCGAAUGUCUGAAGGAGUGUAAGUUCUACUAUGCAUCUGACGUCUGGUCCUUUGGGGUCACCUUAUAUGAGCUGCUGACACAUUGUGACUCCAGACAGAGCCCCCCAUUGAAAUUCAUCGAACUCAUGGGCCUGACCCAGGGCCAGAUGACUGUACUGCGACUCACAGAACUCCUGGAACUGGGCCAGCGGCUGCCACGGCCGGAGAAGUGUCCUUAUGAGAUCUACCAGCUCAUGAAGAACUGCUGGGAGACGGGAGCGUCGUUCCGCCCUACCUUCCAGAACCUCAUCCCCAUCCUCAAGGCGGCCCAGGAGAAGUACGAGGCCCAGGCCCCAUCUGUGUUCAGCGUCCCCUGAGCAGGCGGGGGGGGGGGGAGGGAGAGGAACAGCUGGUACUCCACCCUGCCCCAGGGAGGCUGGCCCCCACGUUCCGGGGACCCCUUUCCAGAGGGAACUGACCCCCAAGUGUCUCCUACAGUGACAGCAUACUGUGUUCCCCAGGGGCUGCCCAUGGGGGGAAGGGAUUCCUCCCCCCAGGGGGGCCUGGGAGCGGGUUGGGGAACAUCCUCUUGUCUGAGCACCAGGGCAGGGCUCUCUCUGCAGCCUCACUUUGUGGUUGUUUGGGAUUGUUUUUUUGGUGGAGGCUGAUGGGGACCCACUCAGCAAUGCCCAAGGGCUAGUCCUAGCUUUGUAUUUCUUUUCCCUGGGGGGCCACAGCUACCAGGGUUUGCUCCUGAUUCUGUGUGAUCUCAGGGACCCCUCCUGGUGGGGCUCAUGAGACCGUAUGGGAUGCCGGGGAUCGAAUGGGGUCAGCUGUGUCCGAGGCCAGCAUCCUGCACUGUCGCUCAGCCCCCCGGGGCCAUUCCUAAGGCCCCUCUCUUCCCCAAUUGUUCUCUCAAUACUGUGCUCAUGACUGUGUACAACACAUUCCAAUAAAAAGCCAG